CUCUUGGUCUCAGAGACCCGGGCGCGAGCGCGUAAGUCUUUUCCGAUUCGCCGCUGCGUCAGCAUCAAUCCCUGAGUGCUCUUUUUAUUCGAGGCCCCGCAUUGAGCACUCUUCAUCAUAGUACCUGGUGUACACAACUUGGAUUUCGGGUGAUUAAACCAAACGCAGCAGGAAGAUUUUUGGGCAGAGUUACUUUCUGGGGCUAUAAGCGCGACGACGCUCCGUCGAUCAUACAGCCACGGCCAUAUUUACUUUCGCAUUUGUGACGAUGUACUCGCUGGUGAAUUCGCCGGCUUCGGCUGGCCUCGGCGGGCGGAGGCAUACUUGUUGCGCGACGCCACCCACCGCGGCGCAAUCGUGCUGCGCGGUAUCGCGCUGCACGUUACCUUGGAGGUCCGCGCUUAGCUCUGGGAUUACGGCACCCGACACGCAGGCCUGGCUGCACGCCACGCCGCGCGCUCGGCCGUCUGUCGCCGCAGCCGCCUUCGGCGUGGCCGCUGCGGGCCGCAGCAGCAGCAGCAGUGGCGAGGCCCCCGCUGCCGCCAAGUGGACGGAGCCGGUGCAGGAUGGCCUAUCGGUCGCCGACCGCGCCAUCCUGGCACUCGCGCGUGCCGCAGCCGACGUAGGAAACAAGGCCGCGGCCGAGCGCGCGGCCGCGUCCCAGGGUCUGGCGCUGGUGACGUCGUCCGACGCCUGGCUGGCGCCGCUAAUGCCGCCCGUCGGCUCCACCAUUGACGAGGACGCGGCGGAGGGCGACGGCAUGGCGCUGGCGCUGCCCAUGGAGCGAAUUCACGGCGGCAGCGGGGCGCAGCAGCAGCGCAAGACCCUUGCCAGCGGCGCAUCUGCGCUACUGAGCGCGGUGCUCAAGCCGCGCGCCGCCAGCAGCGCAACGAGCGGCAACGGGGCCUCCGUCAGCUCAGGCGCGGUAUCCGCCCCUGCCAGCAGCAACGGGGCCGGGGCGCCCACCAACCCCAUCAUCACGCGCCGCGGCGCGCCCGCGACCGCGCCGCGUGUGUCCGGCAACGGCAGCGAGAGCGACCGCAUUGUGAACCUGGCGCACCUGGCGGCGGAGGGCGGCGGCGGCGACACGACGGAUGCGGACGCGUCGGAUGAUGACGACGAGACGUACGCGGCGGGAACUUUUGUCAGCAGCCUGGUCGCGGCACGCAACUCCGCGGGACAGGUCGGUAGCAAGGCCGCCGCCGCGGGCAAGGCCGCGGCGGCUAACGGAGCGGCGGCUUCGUCGACCCUGCUGGGGAGCGCGACGGCGGCAUGGAACCGCGUGGCAGCGGCGGCCAGCGGCACGCCGGCGGUGGGCCGGGCCAAGGCUGUGGCGGCGGGCGCCGCAACCGCCGCGUCGGCGGCCGCACACAUGGCGGGCGCCGCCGUCGCGAAGGCUACUUCCCAGCUGACGCCCAACUACGGCGACCCCAGCUCCAGCUGGCUGGUGGGCGACGACGUGGAGGUGGCUGGCCGCGAGGUGCGCUACAUCGCCAUUGAUGCCGGGCCGGAGCUGCGCCGCCGCAGCGCUCGCGAGCUGACGUCGGAGCUGGUCAACUUCGAGAGCUACAACCUGGGGGCCAAGGUCAACAAGCGGCUGUAUGCUGAGGCCACUGCGCUGUACGCGCGCUUCAUGCCGCUGGUGAUGGACUUCCUGGAGGCGCACCCGCACGGCAGCGUGUGCUUCGGAGGCCAGGGCGUGGGCGGCAGCCUGGCGGUGCUUCUGCAGCUCAUGUGCUGCCACCGCGGUCUGCGCUUUGCCCGCCUGCUGCCGGCCGUGGCCAUCGAUGCGCCGGCGGUGCUGGCGCAGGUGCCCAGCACGCAGCGGCGCAAGUGGGGCGCCGCGGCGCGUGACGCCAGCCACUCGGAGGACCUGGAGGACGAGCUGGAGGAGCUGAUGGCACGAACCGUGUUGGAGGAGCUGGGCCUGCCGCCCGACGCCGUGCGCAAUAUCCUGGUGCUGGGCACAGCCUCGGCCGCCGCCGCGCCGCACAGCCACGACAGUGCCACGCAGCAGCGGCUGCUGCCGGGCACGGUUGGGAACGCGGGCAGCGUGGGCGGCGCCAGCCCGCACGCGCUGGUGGUUAUGGGCGGCGGCGGCGAGGGCGGCGGCGGUGUGGUGCAGGGCAAGGGCCGCAACGGCUCAUCCGAGGCGAUGCGGGCGCAGGUGUUCAAGCUGGUGGGCAAGGUGGUGCAGGUGGAGUCACUCGCGAGCGCCAGCGGCCGCAUCAAGGCGGCUGCCCACGCCGCCGCCGCCUCGUCCGUGCUAUCCAUGCCGAUCGGCGACGGGCGGCCCGGCGGCAACACAACCGACGCAGAUGACGGCGCGGGCGAGAUGGGCGCGGCGGCGAAUGGCAACGGGCGGCACGGCGGCAUGCCUAAGAAGCUGGACGCGGCGACGGUGGGAAGCAUUGCCUCGGCUGCCGCUACGGCGGUGGCGUCGGCGGCGGCGGAGCAACUGAGGGUUGUGGGCGCGGGCGCAAUGAAGGCGGCGACAGCGGGCAAGAGUGCAGCGGUGGGCGUGGCGGCAAGUGCGUCGGCGACUGCGUCGGCGGCAGCUUCGGUGGCGGGGCCGGCGGGGCGGAAGGCGGCCGCCUCGGUUGCAGCGGCCGCGACUGCGGCUGUGCCUGUUGGGCGCAAGGCUGCGGCGUCCAUGGCGGCGGCGGCGGUGGCGACGAUGGUGGCCACACGGCCCGCAGCGGCACAGGCACAGAUGGCAGCUCAUCCGGUGAUGCUGUCCGCAGAUGGCGAGGAGGACGAUGCGAGCACAUGGGGUGUUUAGAAGUGGCGCACAGCAGCAGCGGUAAAACCUGUACACCAGGCUGCUUUGCUGGCCAGAGCAGCAACAAUUUUGAGCACUCAGCAGGCGUGCAUUGCACAGAAGACCACGUUAUGUAGCUGGCCGAAGGGAUGGUAUCAUGGGAUGUCCUUCCUGACGUGCCAUAGAUUCAUCUCUUACUUAGCCUUGGUCCUAACUCCCAAGCAUCCUCCUCGUUGAGAGGGUUGCUGCCCUUUUGCUUUUGGUUACAGUGAACUGUACACACGUGAACACUGACCCCAUAUUCUUUGCUUGCGUGACUCGCUUUCUCAUCUCAUUUACCGUUUGAUCCUAACGUCCCGCCGUCCUGUUCGCAACAGAGUGAUCAAUAUAGCGGGGUUAGCCAGGAGAGAGCGUGUUGUGGUGUAGCACAUGUUAUGCGUGCGUAGCGCCUCUGAUGACCGAUGCUUUGGACGACGGGGUUUAUGGACGCUGCGUGGAUGUGACAGCCUGGCAGUUGUUGUGCCAUGGAACAGGCGCACUAGCGCCCAACCGCCCAACAAGAGAACCUGCAAAUAAGCUCUGUAAAGAUUGUUGUCA